AUGCCUGCGCUCAAAAGAGGCGAAUAUGUCGAUGUGUACAACGACGCGCUGUUUAUUGUCGGUGGCACCAUAGCAUUUCUCCUGGCAAUUCUCUCCCUUUCCUUGAAGAUGGAUAUAACGAGGUACAUCCUGAUUAAUCUCUUCUUCCGCCCCCUUGCCAUUGCGGUGAUGGACAAGAACAGCUCCAAGAAGGAGCUCGCAAAGUUCACCAAGUAUGCAUGGCACCUGCUGACGUACAUCUGCCUGUGGAUCUGGGGCUUCGCGGUCGCUUGCAUGCCCAUCUCUGCAUCCUGCCUAACGCCUGGACAGAUCAUGAUGGAAUCAGACUGGUCUUUCUUCAGGACGUGGGACAUCGACCUGAUCUGGAAGGGAUACCCCCAUCCUGCUCCAGAGAAGCUGAUGUGCAAGUACUUUAUGAUGACCCAGGUCUCGUGGUAUAUUCAUGGGUUCUUCGAGAGCCUCAUCGUAGACGCCGGGCGCUCAGACUUCAUCCUGAUGGUAAUCCAUCACGUCCUCGCGUCGGUGCUCCUCUGCGGGGCCUUUUGGGGGAAUGCGCACCGAGUCGCCGUCACGGUCUGCGUCGAGCAGGACAUCUCGGACAUCUUCCUCUACUUCAGCAAGAUGAUCCAGAAGUCUGCCAGAAUACCUGCGCUCCAGAACACAUACCUCCACGGCUUCCUCAUAUGGCAACUCCUCGUAGUGUGGUGGUGCACCCGCGUCGGAUUCUUGGGCCUUAUGGUCCUCCGCUGCCUACAGAUCAUCGGGCCGCUCGGCCUCAUCACACCGUUCGGCAAGGACAUGGAUCUGCUCUCCAUGUACCUCAUCGUGUCCCUCGGCUUCUUCUGGGUCAUGCAGUUGUUCUGGGGUCUUGGGCUCGUCAAGAUGUGCUACACCCAGUUCAGCGCCGGGGUCAUCCAUGACAUCUUCCACGACCAGAAGCACCCGCACAAGGGCGGCGAUAAGCGCAAGGGGAACUGAGUUGCUGACUCCCCUCGCCGUCGUCAUUAGACAGCAAAUCCCAGGUUUGUCUUGUAGUUUUUUAGCAAUAACAGGUAGACGCGUCAUGUCGAAAUAGAAUACACAAGUCCUGCAGGCUCU